AAAUAUUUUUACAAGGGGAAACGGCAAGACGUUUUAGAUUUUGCUCGACUUCAUUCCUCACUCCAAAAGAAAAAGAGACGAAACUUAAACAGCACUGUCCACCGAAAGAGCAAACCAACACCACGCCCAAGUCCUGCGAUUUACACUUAUUGUUUCUCCGAUCUUUCUCUUCAUCGAGGUAUAGUUCCUUUAACUUUUACUCUAUCAGAGAAUUUAUUCGAACUUUUAUCUUCAAUAUUCAAGAAAUUUAUUUUUUUUUCCAAAUUUGGUUCUUCCCUUGAUCAAACUGUGAAAUUUCAUAUUUGGGCGUUUAUGUUUGGUUGCCGAGAAAGAGGAAAUUUUAAACGAAGAAAAGUUGGGUUUAAAGCCGACGAAGAGAGAAUAAAGAGAGAGUAUUAAUGGGUGAUGUUGAAACUCAAGAUUUGAUUAGUGAUCUGCCUCAAAGCAUAAUAGAAAGCAUUCUCACCCGAUUGCCCAUAAGAGAUGCUGUGAGAACGAGCGUCCUGUCCACCAAAUGGAGGUACCGAUGGGCUUCCGUUACUCAUCUUGUUUUCGAUGACAAAUGUGUCCCAAUGUAUUAUGAUAAAGGGCUUCUUGAGAUCAAUCUCAUCAAAUUUAUCACAAGAGCACUCUUUCUUCACCAAGGACCUAUUCACAAGUUCCAGCUUUCUACUUCGUAUUUGCAGAGUUGCCCAGAUAUUGAUCAGUGGAUACUUUUCCUUUCUCGGACUGAUAUCAAAGAAUUGGUUCUUGAAUUAGGAGAAGGAGAGUGGUUCAGGGUGCCUUCAUGUCUUUUCAAUUGCAAGAAACUAACCCGUUUGGAGUUAACCCGUUGCGAAUUUGAUCCUCCUCUUGGUUUUAAAGGAUUCUUGUGCUUGAAGAGCCUCAAUCUUUAUCAAGUUUUGGUUGCGCCUGAGGCUAUUGAGAAUUUGAUUUCUGGUUGUCCUCUUCUUGAGAGUCUUUCAUUGUCAUAUUUUGAUAGUUUAGUUCUAAACAUCCGAGCUCCAAAUCUAAAGUACUUGUGCUUGGAGGGUGAGUUCAAGGAUAUUUGUCUUGAAAAUACCCCACUUUUAGUUGCCAUGUCAGUUGCUAUGUAUAUCACUGACGACAUUGCUGAACAUUUCGAGCAAAGUUCAAGUUGCAAUUUUAUCAAGUUUCUUGGUGGCGUUCCUCGUCUUGAGAGGCUUAUUGGGCAUAUCUACUUCACAAAGUAUUUGAGUAUAGGUGAUUAUCCUAGAAGACUUCCAAUUACUUAUAGCUACCUGAAAAUAAUCGAAUUAUAUCAAGUUAGCUUUGAAGAUAUGAAAGAGAUACUUGUUGUUCUCCGUUUGAUCACAAACUCUCCUAAUCUGAAGGAACUUCAAAUUUCGGGCUCCUCAAACACUUUGGCUGCUAUGGAAGCACCUGAUUUGGAUUUUUGGAUCGAAGAGUGUCCCAAAGAUUGCACUUUUGAAAAACUUCAAAUUGUAAAGAUGACAGAUAUGUCUGGUGUGCCACAUGAGAUGGAAUUUAUCAAAUUUUUGCUUGCAAAUUCACCUGUGCUCGAGAUGAUGAGUAUUACACCUUGUGUAUAUGUUAUGGAUGGAAGAUUGAGUAUGCUGAUUGAGUUAUUGAGGUUUCGUCGAGCAUCUGCCCAAGCUGAAAUUCUAUUCAUCCGAGAUUAACAAUUGUUAAAUGCUUAACGAAUGUUGCAUGCGUCCUGCAACGUUAAAAUCCUUCCAAGUACAUUGUUUAGUUACUGCAAUAUUACUGCAUGUUGAACAAGGAUCUGCUUGGCGUGGUAGUCUGCAUUAUUCUCCUUCACACUAGAAUUCAAAUUUUCUAUUGAAUUUCGUGAUUUCAAUUUCAAUUGUCAUAUCAAUCUAUGCUAUACAGCUUUGGUAGUCCACAUCUUAAAGUUUGUCUCUUUCUAUGACAUUUCAGGUUAAGUGGACAGGAUCAAGACACCAAUUUAGUAACCAUCUGUAAUUUCUAGGGUGAUGAAUGACUCCCCUGUUGGGAAACAAUAUUAUAACCCAUCCUUAUCUCUGUGAAAGUAUCUAUUCUAUGAAAUUAUAUGCCCAUUACAUAACCUUGAUGAGUUUCAGGAGGACAAAUAUCUGACUUCUUAUAGUAAUAUACAAGAUUUCUCCUCAAAAAGUGAGAUACUAUGGAGUUUAAGCAGAAGAAACAGAAAUUUUUAUUGAAGGACAGUUAUUACAAGCAAACCCAGCUGAUAAUCUCCCAAGAGAAGAAAAAUCUUCACUCACAGGAACAGUAUGACAUGUAUCACUCAACUAUAUGUCAUUUUCAAAUCCGAUAUGUACAGUAAGAAAAUUUGAACAAAGCUUUAGAGUUUCAAUAUCUUUUGCUAAUGUACAAGAAGUUUGUUUUAACGGGAAUGUUAUCUUAGAUUCUUUUCAUUUAAAA